AUGCCUCGCGCUGUCACGCCGUUACUGGAACGUGACAAACCAGCAAAUCCAGCUAUGCACGCAGAAACACGACUGCCAACAACGGAUGACCACUCCACGAAAAUCCGGACAGACAGACCGUUUGCCGAUCGGAACAAAUCGAGCCGCGGAGAGCAACAUCUGGACAACAGCACCAUUAAACCAGCUAUGAGCUACACCAGCUACGAAGAUAACACCAAAAUACAACCUUGGAACAAAACAACAAACCGUACUAAUCUGGAAUGGUGUCACUACAUACGAGAAACGGAAACCGAGCGAGGUAGCGAAGGUAGCAGCAAUCCGUCGUCACCGAUUCCAGUAGAAAGCUGUGGAGGACUUGCAAUUGCUGCUGCUAAGACGGAAUCCGAGUCUCCUAUUGCCAGAUUAGCCGGAAGGACAUACAACCAAAGCUCAGGUAAAACAACAUUCGUCCUUCGAGAAUUAUCCUCUCUAAACCCAGCAUUUUGCCGUAGAUUGCUGAAGACUUUGGUGGCGAAGGGCAAAGAGGAAAAGAAGGAGAAAGAAACCUUCACAGCCUCGAGACAAGGCAAAGUGUCGGGUGCCCAGCAAACCACAUUACGGACGGUAGCCAUAAAUUUAGCGAAAUUACCAACGGCCCCAUUGGGUGAGUGCCUUAUUAUCGUACUGCAUGAGCCAAUCUUAAAGUAG